GUAACUUUCUCAUUCUUUAGAAACUUUUAUUUUUGGGAUUUAUAAAGUCCGCAUUCAAAAGGCCCAGAACUAUUUUCAUAGUGUGGCUCGUGUCAACCAACUCACUCGAAAUCGCUCAAAGUCUUUCUUUUUUCGAAACUUUCUAUUUUUACAUAUUUUCUUGGCCUUUCUUUUUUUUUCCCUUUUAUUGUAUUUACACUAGCUAUGACUUCUACUCUACAACAAGGCACAAAAUUCUCUGACGCCUUUUGGGACAAUCAGUACAAAGGUAUCGAGAUUGUUACAAGUCGAUUAAGAAAAUCAAGAGACACUUGUGAAGAAAUCAAAAAGCUAUACGAACUUCGAGCCACGAUAGAGCAAGACUAUGGUGAACGUCUUUUAAAACUGGCACAGAGUUCAAGAAUUGGCGAAUUUGAAGAGAAUAGCUUUGCAGAAACACUACUUCGUAUUCCUUCAACACUGGAGACCACAGCUCGUGCUCAUAUCGAUUUAGCUCAACAAUUGAAGGAUCAUCUUGAAGCACCGCUGGACGGGUUUCUUAAAGAUCAAAAAGAAAUACGUCGAGUACAACAACAACAAAUCGAGAAUGCAAAACAACGCAAGACUAUUCAUGAAUCUGAUGUAGCGCGAGCUAAAGAAGACUAUGUCAAUGAAUGUCAAAAAUUAAAAUCAUUAGAACAACGCCUUCAUGACACUAUGAAAGGCUCUGUUGACGACAUGGCAAAGAUUGAAAAGGAAAUUGAAGAACAAAAAAGAACUGUUAUAGUCGCUGAUCAAGUGUAUAAGCGAUCUGUGGAUCAUUAUAAUACUGUCAAUGAAAAAUUCAUUCGUGAUUGGACAGCAAGUGCAGACAAAUUUCAAGAAAUGGAGACAAAGAGAAUCUCUUAUCUAAGAAGUACACUUUGGUCAUUUGCGAAUAUGAUGACAAGCACAUUCAGUAUUGAUGAAGAGUGUUGCGAUCGUAUUCGUACAGCAUUAGAGAUCACAGAUGUUGACAAGGACAUUACUAGUUUUGUGCAGCACUAUGGAACAGGGACUCAGCUACCACCUCCUUUGGUGUAUACAUCUAUUUGUGAUCCAGCAUCGCUUUUGCCUGCACCUUCUAUUCUUCCUUCCACGUCCACUUCGUUUAUCGAGAAACAAGAAGUCGAUCAUGAAGUACCAAUGCCCAAUGUCACUACUAUCUUGCCAAACCAUGAUGAGGAGCUUAAAUCUGUGGAUCGACAAUUACAAAAAUUAGAAGUACAAAGCAUAAGCGAGACAAUCCCAGAUCAGCCAACAUCUGCUCAAAGCAACGACAAGGAAUUUAGAGAAAUAGAACAUAUCCUAAACAACAACCAUGAACCUGAAAAGGCACAACAAACAGUGCCUCCCAUCAUGAUGGUCAAUCGUCUCGAUGAACCGCAGCCCAAAUCAGAUGAUUUUAGCAGUAAAGUCUAUAAUGCACUAGGCAUGAAGGAGGAUCAGGUCUUGGAGCAACAUCAAAGUGAUCUUGCUCCUAUUUCUUCCGAUCCUACAAACGAACAUCACAGCAUGACGGGAAGUCCGGACGGUAUCAAACCCAACAAGUACAAACCGAUGCCCAAUCCUACUUAUCAACCUUCUGAACAACACGAGAUAAUACCAGUUAUAGGUAUACAAAACGAUGAGGAUGAGGACGAUGUUGAAGAAAGAGAAUACCAAAAUCGUAUGCCACGUUUACCUCCCAAAGAUGAAAAAUGGGUGAUCUCAUCUAUUCGUCGUCCUCAGCAAUUACCUGUCAAGACACUCAAUGCUACCAUGUUUGACGGAUCAAUUAGAAAUAGUGUGCCCAUGCCCUCUACUUCUGCUGUUUCUUCUCCUGCGCCUGAAGAACUCGAAUUGAAACAUCAGCCUAAACUCCACAAGCCUGUCAUUCCAUUAACUAUUGAUAUUCCUAAUUCUGUGAAACCUGUUAUUGCUUCUGAGCCACCUCAGCAAGCUGCUCAACAAGUGAUUCAAGAAGGCCGUAAGCAAUCUCACAUAUCGCCUGUUCAACACGAUCAUUUUAACCAACAGCCACCAUUACAACAACAGAAUGGAAUUUCAGAAGAGAAUGGAAUGGGUAUUCGACCUGCUCCAUGGCAAGAAAACUUCCAAACAGACGAUCAUGUCAUUAAGAAUGCAGGUUAUCGAGGUACACCCAUGAUGACUACUGCAGCCAACGCAGCCGUACCUGCCACUGCCUAUUACAGUUAUCAACAGCAACAGCAACAGCAACAACGUGGAUCUGUAUUUAAGCAGGACCCUUAUGCAUUUGAAGAAGAGCCCAAGAAGCGCUUUGGUAUUAAAAGUCAUACGCCUGUCUCAAACACGAAACAACAGAGUGAAUCUACCUUAAAAUCAGCUAGUGCAAAAGAAAAAGAAAAAGGCCGAUUCUCAUUAGGAUUCUUUGGUGGUAAUAAGAAGGAAAAGAAGAAGGAAAAAGAAGCUAAUUCCAAUGCCACCAUCAUUGCUAAUUAUCAACAACAACAGCAGUCUAGACCUAUCAGCCAAAACGUGUAUGCACCUUCUUAUGAAUCAAACGAAAAUAAAAGCCAUUACAGUGGCAAUCAGCCCAACGGAACAUCUCAACCCAUCACAGAAAGCCGAUUUAUCUGUUAUGCUAAAGCCCAAUGGCCAUUUGAAGCAACUAUUGAAGGAGAAAUGUCGUUUCAUCAGGAAGAAGUGGUAGGUGUGCUUCGUAAACAAGCAGACGGUUGGUGGGAAGCUGAACGCAUUGGCAAUGUAAAUACCGGACAAAGAGGCCUUGUGCCAGGCAAUUACAUGAUUGACAAUUAUCCCGCACCUUAAAUUUUCUGCAUGAAAUUAAUAAAUAAAUUUCUGAAGACAGAAAAAUUGCAUGAUUUUCAUCUCUUAAAGCAUAAACGAUGAGCACUACAAAUCAUGUAGAAUAAAAGUUUAGGUCAUUGAAAU